AUGGGUAGAAAAAAAGCCAAGAACCUCGCAUUCACAAACAGUGCACCAUACUUGCCCACUGAAGUCCUAUGCAAAAUUUUUCACAUCUGCCUUCCAGAAUUCCCGGAUCUCACAGAAUAUGGCGAUUUGAUGGUACCAUCACAGCUGGAAGCUCCCAUUCUCCUCACUGGAGUAUGUCGGAGAUGGAGGGAGAUUACUGUGGGCACACCCAGUUUGUGGUGCAAGUUAUCAUUGCAAGCCUACUCUGAAGAGGAGGAGGAGUGGCAGGAGAGGGCCUUGGGUUAUGACCUGUGGCUCAAGCGAUCACAAGGAUAUCCACUCUCAUUGGCUCUCGAUUGCUAUGAAGAUAAUGCAGCCAGGCUACGAGUUCUUCUUCAGCCUUACAUCAGUCAAAUCUCUUCCCUCUGCAUCAAUAUUGAUUCUGAAGCUGAAGAGCCUGAGCUUAUGUUAAAGGACCUCACAAUGCUUCAGGAGCUAAUCAUGUGUACAAGUGCAGUACCUUUGGCGGAGCUCAUCAGUCACCUUCCAUCCACUCUGGGUAUUCUCCAUGUGAGGAGGUUUCAUCACGAUACACUUCUAUUCAACCACCAUCUCAUAACUUCCUGCAAUCCUUACUUCCACUUGCUCCAGCUAGCACCCGACCUUUCAUCAUUAUCAAUCUGCAUAUCGAUCUCAAAGAUAGAGGCCUUAAAACCAUUCAUGCACACUAGACUUCAAUCCUUGCGUAUCAAGGGAUAUACACCCCACACAAGGUUAUCUGAUCUCUUCGAUGCUCUCUCACUUCCCAAUUUACGCAUCCUGGAAGUUUACAAUGCUUCACCCCUGGCCUCAUCAGGAAUUCAAGGCCUUCUUGGCACGAUCAAAGCAUCAUUUGGAGAGCUUGUUGUUGGGUUCUGGAGCGGCAACAACAGAGGGGCAGCUAUUAGAAUACAAGGCCCUUAUUCCUUCUCUUGA